AUGUCGGUUGAGCUCCCCAGUGAUUACAGUCUGCCCAUUAGCUGCUUACAGAGCUUUCGAGGAUACAGCUGUAACGCAUGCCCGUAUCGGACAAUAAAUAAGAAGAACGCUGCCACUCAUCAGACUCGGAGCAAGCAUAAGCUUAGCCCAGGCGAAAAAGGGUGGAAAGCUGUUACACUGCAAACAUUUUCGCGGGGUGGGAGAUCCAGGUAUUGGAUCGUUGACAUAAAUAGCCAGCAUAAUGGUAUGAUUCGCAGCUGCGACAUCAUAAGCCCAGCUAACACAGAGACAGGCGAUAAUAGUAGCGACGAUGACAGUAAUGAUAUCACUGCGCUAGUGAAAAUGGCCGAGGUUUGCGAGCUAGGCAUAAUGGAAGAAGAGAAGAAAGGACGGCAGCUUGUCGAGACGCCAGGCGGGGUGAAUACGGAUUCAAGAUGGGUCAAGUUUAUGAAACUUGCUCAUCAUCUAAAAGAGAAGAACCGGAAGAUGCUCUACGAGACAGCUGCAUCGGCAGCCACGAAAGCAGUUGAAAAACGGUGGUAUCAGCAAGAGGCGAUCAAGGCAAAUCGACGGCUCCGGCAGCUCGGCGCCAGCUUCGACCGGGUUCUUACAAGAUGUACGAAGCGGCUCGACAGAGUGCCGGACCAGACGCUGAAGUGGCUCAGCAGCAUUGACGCAACGAAGGCAUCGAGCGAGCCGUUUAGCAGGAACCAAGAGGCCGCAACGACAGAGCGAUACAGCUCAUACUGGAGGCGGUAUCUCUGCUACUGCGUCCGGGUCCGGCCACUGGGGCGCUCCAAGGCUAAAGCCGAGCAUGGGAUUCGGUUUACGCGUCUGCAGUGGGACGGACUUGGAGAGGUCGUUCGACGGCUGGAUAGUUUCGUAGCGAUCGCCAAAGAAGACGGCCCGGGAGAGGAUGACGGCGGGGAGGAGACGCCGGAGAAGGACGCUCUCGACGAGGCCGUCUUUGAAUACUGCAUCAGCUCGAUCAAGCAACGGUUGGGCAAGAAACAGUACCGAAACCCGCUCUUGCACUUCAUAGCAGUGCUUGGCAUCGAUCGAUCGGCCGAGUCGUGGAUCCCGUCGCACUCGCACACCCGCUUCAUGGCCGGCUUUCUCUACUGUGGACGAAUCUUGAUGCUGGAGCACUUCUUCGAGGGCGACACCGGCGAGUCAGACAAUUCAGGCGGAUCGGACAGCUCAGACGGAGAAUCAGACUGCGAGGUUAGUUUCAAGGCCAUAGAUCGCUUCCACGAGGGACACCACCAGUGGCUAGUAGACGGCUCGUACACGCCGUUCGGCUCGAUCAUACAGUGGAUGACGUACGGGAGAGGCUAUCGAAAGCGCGAGGUCGGGCUGGCCCGACUGGCGUGGGAGAGCGAUGGCAAGACGCUAAGCUAUCACGGAGACCGAAUCAACGUAGGCAAGUUUCAAUAUACAGCCCGGGCCGCCGUCACCGAUACGGAAGCGCUGCUCAAUAGUCUCAUGUCUGGCCAGUGGGGUCAGAUCAAGGAGACGAUUCGUCUGCGAAACAUCGUCGACAGCUUAGUGUAUGAAGGGCCGGGAAGGUCGUUUGUCAACAACCGAAAGAACGCGUGGCUCAAGCCGGGAUCUGGUCAGAUGACGAGAAUCGUCGGCGAGACGCUCUGGAAGAGGGUGAAGGAUGGGAACGGAAAGACGCGGCACGAGUGCAGGCGGCAAAAGGUAGAAGAGUUUCUUACACUUCUCAAGCAAUUCAGGGGCAGUUUCAUCAGGGCAGUGCACAUCUGGAGCGGACAGCCGGGGCGAGGGCCGGAGAUGACGACGAUUAAGCACUGCGACACGGAGGAGCUGCCGAAGAACGUGUUUGUGUUUGACGGGCAGGUCAUGAUCGUCACGGACCGCGACAAGAGCAAGAGACUGACAGGCCGCGGCCGCAUGGUGGCGCGGUUCUUGCCGGGGCACUUGAGCCGGAUCAUGGUGGCAUACGUCGCAUGGCUGCUGCCGUUCGAGAAGGUGCUGCAUAAGCUAUCCGGCAUACGGGGGCCGGGCGAGGGGCUGGAGCCGUGGAUCUGGAAGACGGCCGCACACGGGCUCUGGGAUACAGAGCGUCUAAGCAAGGACUUGUGUUUGCUGACGGGGUUACAUCUCGGUGUAGAGCUCGGAGUGUCGAACUACCGGCACGUGGCUAUCGAGUUUGGGCGCCGAAUCAAGGGUCUGGUGAUCCGGCAGCUCGAGCUCGAUGGCGUCGAGGCGGGAGACAGCGACGGCGAUGGACAUCAUGACGAAUUGACGGGGGAAUCGCGCAAGCAGCAGCGGGUCGAAUACGUCUGGGAUCUGCAGGCAACGCACGGCAGUCUCGUGGCUCGCAACCACUACGCGAUCAACAUGCUCUACCCGAAUCAGCUGCAGCCGGAGAUGAUUUCGAACUUUCAAGAGAUCAGCAGGCUGUGGCAUGGAUUUCUCGAGCGCGGGGACGGAGAGUUCGGGCAGAAGCGAGCACUGGACGAGGACGAAGACGAAGGGCCCCAGCAAGCGGCGAAACGAAGGCGGGUGCGGCCGCCACGGGGUAGCAGCCGCGUUCUACAAGAAGCUCUCGGGCAACUGGGACAGAUACAACAGACGUUGCAGUCACUGCUGCACGAGGCAGAUGGCAGUCCGCGGCAGGGCCGUCGACGAAAAACAGCUCCGGCCAGAGCGGCUGACGAGGCUGACGAGGUUGACGACGGUGACGAGGGCGAUGAUGCAGUCAGCGAUGAAAGGACCGAGAGCGGGCUAAAGAAGAUGCUCGGCGAGAGCGCGGGAUGGAAAUCUCCAGAACAGCGCGAGGGUAUGCGUCGGAUCAUGAGGAUGCAGAACAACGGCAUACGGAGCAAGAUGCUGAUCAUAGUGCUCCCGACAGGUGGCGGCAAGAGCAUAUUUUUCUAUCUGCCGUCUCUCAUCGACGGCGAGAAAGGACCGGGCGGAAAGACAAACGUCGUUGUCGUCCCGUUCAUCGCGCUGGCGGACGACUUGGUCGCGCGAGGUCGCGAGUUUGGGGUUGACUGCAUGCAAUGGCGCAGCGACAUGGAGGAGGUGCGCGACGAACGGCAGAGGGACGCGAGUCUCGUGGUGGUCAGCGCAGACGUUGCCGUCUGCGACGGCUUCACGUCAUAUCUGGAUAGCAUUCGGGGCAGGGGCUUGCUGGGAACAAUCUUCUUGGACGAGUGUCACACAAUCAUCAUGGACAUAUGGCUGUCCGAUGGUGAUGCUGACGGCGACAUUGCCGGUGUCGAUGGAGGGCUGGUUCCGGGAGCGGAUGCUGGCGAAGGAAGCCGAUAUCAUCCGGGGUCUGACGGCAAGGAUGAACAUCCGCUACAGGGUAAGAAGGGUGAAGGCAAGGAGCCGGAGCAGCGUCGAAGACGGGGUUGUGGACGAGAUGGAGCGGUCGGGGAAGCGGAUGGCGGGCGGGCAGAAAGGGGUCGUAUACUGCCGGUCAAUCAAGGAGUGCGAGAGGCUGGCGGCACGAGCCGGGUGCGGGCACUAUCACGGGCGGAUGGCAAGCGCCGACAAGGCGGCAGCACUUCAGACAUGGUGCAACGGCGAAGGAGGGCAGCGCUGGAUCGCGGCGACGACUGGGCUCGGGACGGGAGUCGACAUAAAAGAGGUCGUUGCAAUAAUUCACAUGCGGCAGCCGUACGGAAUGGUGGACUUUGGGCAGCAAACGGGGCGAGGGGGGCGGCAGAGAGGCGAGGUGGUCGACUCGGUGAUUGUAACGGACGGGGCAGCGGCGUGGUACGAUGA